AUGCAGAUAGGUAUUAAGCAUCAAAAUGAUUUGGCAGAAUUUAAUAAUUGUAUGAAAAAAAGACCAACAUAUUCUACAACAACGUCUCAUAAGCAACUUAAAUUAAGCGAGGUUGGUAAAGUUUACCCAAUCAAAAAGUUGGAUCAAGCUGAAUUUGAUAAGGCUACUUUAAGACUUAUAAUUGAUACGGUAUCACCCUUUUCAUUUGUCGAGCAUCCAGCUUUUGUAAAUUAUUGUAAAGUUACGUCAAAUAAGGUUCCUGCAUCACGUAGAAGUUUAAUGCGUGAUGUUGAAUAUUUGUAUAGUAAAAUGAUACACGAAAUGAUCAGUGAAUUAGAUACAGUUAACUAUGUAUGUAUUACAGCAGACUGUUGGAGCAUAUUCCAUAAAUCAUACAUAGGAUUUACUAUCCAUUGGAUUAAUCCUCAAACGCUUGAGAGAUGUUCAAAAGGACUUGCUUGCAGAAGAAUGAUAGGAAGGCACACUUACGAUAAUAUUGCUGAAUUAAUAGACAAAGUACUCGAUGAAUUUAAAAUUCAGAAUAAAACAACAUUAAUAGUCACUGACAAUGCAGCAAAUUUUGUCAAAACUUUUAGAAUAUAUAGUAAUGAUAAUGAUAAUGAUCUAAAUUAAUGCAUUGGUGAAUCUGAAGAAAAUGAAGUCUCUAUAGAAAUAACAAACACUCUGAAAGGUGAAUUAUCUGAUGUUGAUAACCUCAUAAGCAUAUCAUUACCCCCUCACCAACGGUG